CUUUCCAGCCCUUUGCUCACGUCGCUGCCGCUACUAAAAAACAGCCCAGUCUAUUUUCUCCUCGAGCCCUUUUAUUGCCCUCUUCUUACCUUGGUUUAAUCUCGUCGGCUGCCCCACGUGCUUUGCUUCCUAUUCCUGGCUGGUCCCUUUUUCUUCGCUUCCCGUCCUCGUUGCCGCAUAACACAAACACUCGCAUGCGCCGUCUGCAAUUCUAGCCCGCCACAAGAGAAUAUUGCUGCCGGACUCCUGUUGUGAUAAAGAUGCGUCGCCAGCUCCCGCCCAGUCAUCUCAAGGUUCCCCCGGGCCCUCAUGCGUUUCCACGGCAACAAUUUCUGGGACAGGAUACCGUCGUCGUCAACCACUACUCGGGCAUUGAAAAGGCCAUUCCUGCCAUUCCGUCGCUACCAGGAUUCAGGACCAGCGCUGCAUUCCUCACUUCGCUGAGCGCCAAUCUCAACAUCGAUCCCGACUGCCCCUCGCCGCUGCCCACGCCGACGAACUUCCGUCUGAACAAUUUUCUCCAGCCAAUCCCCCACACGUCGCUAUCCUACUCAACCACCACGGCCCCAUACAAUCCCUACGUCUCUACCGCUGAAACAGAAAUCAUGUCCGCCCAAGCAAGCGCCCCCAACAAGGCGCCUGCCGACGAACUGCCCCAGCUAUCCACAUACACGGCCGAGACGGAAGAGGACCGCAUCGAGGGCCUGCGCCUAGUCGCCGACUCCGUCGCACAGCAGCGCCAGGUUGCCAGCAAAGAGCUCAUGUUCCACCCCAUUUCGCUAGCCGCCUACGCCGUCGCCGUCGCCAUCGCCGCGCAGUACAUGCUGCGCUGGUACCAAGACAAGAUGAUGCUUGCCACGACCAUUGGCGGCAUCACCAUGACCUUUCUCAUCUUUGUGCGGUGGAUGACGGGCGGCUACAUUGCCAUGGCCGAGGAGAUCAACAUGGAUUGGCUUGGUGACGACAGGCUCAUUGUGGUCAAGUGGGGUGAAGACGUCAUCGGAUCCUUGGUCUUGGGCUGGGCCGACAAUGACGCUGCAAAGAAGCGCGGAAGAAGGAGGAGAGGCAAGGCCGUUGUGCGCGCAUGGACCGUCAAGCUCAAGUACCGCGGCAAAGGUGUCGGCGAGGGACUUUUGGAAGAAGCCGUCAAGGUGGCGGGCGAGAGGGGUGCCGACGGCAUUCUCUUUGAUCCCGACCAUGCCAACUCGAAGCGUGUCCUCCCCGUCCUCUUCAACGGUUUCCUCAACAAGCACGAAGCAAAAGCCGUAAAGGCGCUCCAAAAAGUCGCAGACGCAAAGGGCAACUUCCGCCAACGUCAAGGCUCUCCUACCUGGGGAAGCCGAUAGAAUCUUCAUUUCUAAUCACUCUCCUAUUUACACCAUAUAGCCCUGAGCAGGCCUGGAGUUUUUCUUUUCUGUUCUCAUACACCUCUACUAUUGCUAUCGCUUGCAGCGAAGUUUCUUUUCUUUUCUUUCUGUUCUGACCGGAAGAUACCCCUCCCUCCAACAUUCCUCUCGUUGACCCGAUGAUACCCUCCAACCAAUCGCUAUUGUUUUGACAGCAUGCAUUCUGCGUUUUUUGCUUUAGUUGCCGGGUUUACUUUACUUUACUUGCCUUUCCUUUCCUUUCCCUACAAACCUACAGUAUUGGGCGUCUUUGAACUCUUUUCAGUUCCCCAUGUAAUCAACGUCCGUUAUCAGGAGCUUGUGUCUCUCUAUCUACCAUUACACUACACUACACUACACUACACUAGUCUCGCACCAACGCGUACAAGAUAGUAGAAAUGAUUGCUUAACA